AUUUACAUUGAUUUUUUUCUCAACUAAUGGAGAACCAUGAUAAGCCAAGGAAGCACAGUCCUUAUGAAUUAUUCCGUAUUAUGACUAUGAUCCUAUCGAGAGACCGACCUUUUAAGCUAAAUUUGGAGGACGCCCUUUCCUUUUGCCAAGCAAUUACCAGCGACAAUUAUGGAUUACUUACAACAGUAGUUGAUUCGGAAGGAGUUGUCGAUUUAUCAAAAUUCGCGCAGAUAUUUUCGAAAGAGUACGGAUGUCCGAUAAUUUAUUACAAAGGACAUAGAUAUGAUAACGAUACCGUUGACGUGAUGCGUAAACUUAACACAUUCUUGCAAGCAAAUGGUCUGACGGAGAAAAAUCUCAUAACAUUCAACUUUCCAGCAGACAAUAAUGAGUAUCGCACGUUGAAGGCGGCAGGCUUUUCUCCAAACGUUAUCAACGUUGUCCCAAGCGUAUCGGAAAGAUUUGGUUUUAAAAACGUAAACGAAAUUGAAUCUUUUUUCGAAAAUACCACGACGCGGUUGACUCUGAACAAUAAUCUUGAAGAGAACUGUAACCGUGUCAAGAAUGCAAUAGAUCAAUGUAUGUACACAUCAAAACUGAACCGUGAUUCGGGAUUCCAUUUACAACGAAUAAUUUUACUUGGACAAAUUGGGUCUGGUCGUAAGACUCAAUCUAGAUUACUGGCGAAAAGAUGGAAUUUAGUUUUUCUUGAUUUUAGGGUACUUUUGUUAAGAUAUGCCAAAUUGAAUAAAGAAUUUGAUGAACAUUUAUCGAAAGUACAAAGUGUACAUCAGCUGAAUCGAAAGUUGGUAGCUUCCAUUUUAUUCGAACGAAUAACUAAACGUGAUUGUUUGGAAAAUGGUUGGAUACUCGUAGGAUAUGUGUCGAGUGUGGCGGAUCUAGAAGUUAUGGAAAAUAAUUUUUUUAUUAUUCCGAAUAAAAUUGUUUUUAUUCACUGUCGCCAACAUUUAUGUUUGGAUCGUUUACGGACCAAAGUAAUCAAGAAUGCAGAAAUAAACGAAUGUCGCCACUCCAGCAAGAACACAAGAUAUGCAAAAUUGGGGUUUUUAGAUUUGUACAGUCCAUGUUGUGCUAUUAGUCAUGUAGUGACGGAGAUAGACCAUUUCUGUAGAAACAGACGUGAGAUCCUGAAAUACUGUCAAGACCGAGCCAAAUACAUAGCGCACAUAGAUGGUGAGCACAGUGUAUCUACUGUAACGACUCUGCUAUGGGGACAAGUGGAAAAAUUCAACUUUUAAAUUGUUGUUACAUGAGUAUAAGUUCAAAUACAA